GGGUGUGUGAGUGCUCAGACUUCACUACUGGGAUGACCUGUGAGCACUGCCUGGACGGUUACUACGGCAACGCUUUGAUUGGCACGCCUGCGGACUGUCAGCAUUGCCCUUGCCCGGACCGUACCAGCUGUGCCAAAAUUGCUCAGACAGGACAGGUGGUCUGCACCAACUGCCCUGCAGGACAGACAGGGAUCCGGUGUCAGAUGUGUGAAGAUGGUUACUAUGGUGACCCGCUGGGACAAUCUGGUUCGGCUCGCCCAUGUGUGAGAUGCGACUGCAAUGGUAACGUGGACCUCAACGCGCUGGGAGUGUGCGACCACCUCACUGGGCGAUGCCUGAAGUGCCUGGGACACACAGAGGGAGAACACUGUGAGCGCUGCCAGAGGGGUUUCUACGGCGACGCCCUCAACCAGACAGCUGUGCAGAAGUGCAAAGCGUGUAGCUGCAGUCCUGGAGGAACCUCUGGCUAUGUGAAUGAAUGCCACCCUCACACAGGAAACUGCCUGUGCCUCGGUCAUGUGACCGGACGGGACUGCAGUUAUUGUGAAAUGGGCUUCUUCAACCUCCAACCAGGCGUAGGAUGUGAGAGGUGCAGGUGUAGCCCUAUUGGCUCAGCGUCCGACGCUUGUCAUCCAAUCACAGGGCAGUGUGUGUGUCGUGCAGGAGUGGAGGGGACGCUGUGUGAUUCUUGCCGAGUGGGCUUCUUUGGAUUCUCGUCACGAGGUUGCAGAGCCUGUAACUGCGACCCCAUGGGCUCCGUCUCCAUGCAGUGUCACGGUAACGGGACCUGCCACUGUCGCCAGGGCUUCGUGGGUUACAAGUGUGAGAAAUGUGAGCUAAACUAUUUCCACAGCAGAGACACCCACCAGUGUGAGGAGUGCCCCGUUUGUUAUGGCCUUGUGAAGAAACAGGCAGAGCAGCUGAGGACGCGCCUGCAGGAUUUGGAGAAGUUGCUGGCUCACUUUGAUUGCCGAGGUAGAUUUGGGAAGCAGCACCACCUGCUGAAGUAUCACAUGGCCAAGCUAUAUGAGCAUGAGCACCAGAGGGAGGAUUCUCUACCCAACGCUCUGGAGGAUUUUCUAGCCUUCCAAGAGGCGCGGGAGGCCUUCAUAAAGCAGUUUUCCUUGCUGGAAGCGUCCGCGGGCUCCCUGUUAGCCCAGCUGAAUGGCAUUACAACCACUUUGAACUGCAGCAUCAGCAUGACAGAGAUGGAGAGCGGGACGGAUGAAGGGAGCAGGGGUGUGUGUCAAGCCUUCACUGACACACUGUUCAUUGUUAGGGCGUCUCAGAAACAGCUAAAGCAGGCGACACUGGACCUGGACAGCAUGAUCAUUCCUUUUGAGAUGGUGUCAGGCCCUAACAAAUGGAACACGAUGGUCAAUGACUCACAGGCCCUACUGAAAAGUCAGAGAGAAAUGGCAGAGCACAUGGAGGCCGUAGCCAGCAGGGCGGUGAGAGCCUCGGAGCAGACCUUCAGCUUCCUGAUGGAUCUACUGCAGGACAACUCCACAGAGGAGUACAUCAGGAGCCUAACGGAGCAAAUAACCCAAAUGCAGCAGCAGAAGGGGAACCUGACAGUGCAGGUGAAUGAAACUGCAGCCAAACAGCUGGCCCUGGAGGAAGAGGCUGCAGGCAUGAAGAUCGCCCUGGGUAACAUCACAUCAUCCUUACAUCAGCUGGCUCUGACUGAGACCAGCCCAUCACCAGAGCACAAACAAACACAUGCAGCCAAGCACACCACAGAGUGGGGCGAGGACCUGUUAAAACAGACGGAUGAGCUGGACCGGCAAAUUCAGACCAAAGACAAUCUCGUGAGGAAGAUGAGAGAAGAGAUGGAGCCUCUUAAACAAACUGCCAAUAAGAAACUGGAGAUAGAGGAGGACAUCAGUGAGCUGCGAGCUCACAGUCAGGGGUCAAAGGUCAUGGCUCUGACGUCAGUGGUGAGAGGGAAAGAGGUUGAGUCUGAAGCAAUCGCCCUGCACAGAGAACUGCAAU